AUGCAGAGAGCGCUGCUAAAGGUCCUGGUAAUGGCCACGGGCCAUUACCGUAAAAAAGGGUAAGAUCAUCGAAUGGUUACUCUGAGCACUUUGACCAUUUCACUGAUUUUGAAGUGGACAUGGUGCCUGGAGUCUGUGUGUAUAACUUUUCACUAUGAAACACUGCACAUAAAGAGUUAACCACCUGCUGCCGGAGGUGUAAGUCCAUCUAUGGCAGCAUCUUUGGGGUCUCAGUAGCCAACAAAAGUUAUGGGUGGCUAAUGUGAAUCCGGUGCAAAUUUGUAAUCUGAUGCCAACAUGCACUGGAGUAACUCUUUAAGUAAAUAUGCAGUUUAUGUCUCACUCACACAUUUCCCGUGUAAAACAACGCACUUGCUUCAGCGUAUCUGUACAUACUAAGGACUUAGUUAAAACUCCUAGGGUAAAUAACUAAGAAUAGGGUCACUAUAGCAUUAGUAAUGCAGGUUUCUAUUACUAAUGCUAUAGUGUUACACUUAGCAUAUGGGCAGUCCUGGUUGGCUAGCGACCAGGCUGACAAAUCCACUUUAUAUGUACUUCUAGCACUCUUCCUGUAUAGUAUAGGUGCAAGCUUCGAAGGCUACUCCCCAAUCACAGUCACAGUUUUGUUCCCACAAUAAUGCAGUUUCCAAAAUGAAAUGGCAAGCAAUUGAUUUUGUGUCCACACAUCCCAGGGGUGGAGAUAGACAAAAAUCACUUUAAAAAACCUGAGGCUUUUUGGAUCCAUAGACUGGAAUGUCUGGAGCCAAGAGGUCUCAAUCGAGAUUUCAAUCUACCCUUAUUUUUGUGAUCUCCUAUGUUCCCAUUGCAUCAAGGUUUGUCAUAUAUAUGUUUGUAUAUGUUGUUUACAUGCAUGUAUGUAUGUAUGUAUGUAUAUAUAUGUAUCUAUGUGUGUGUGUAUAUUUUUUUAUAUGCCUGUACCUUUAAGGGUGAUGUUUCUCUCUUCUGUUUAAGCCUAUUGAUACAUAGCAACUUAAACAUUUUCUGAAAUGCAAUCAUAUUGCAUUGCGAUUUUGUUAAGCAUAGUACAUUUGUAAUGAUUAUUAUUUACAUGUGAUAAUUUAGGCAUGUAUUUUUGUAAUAACACUAUUAUUUUUCUCAUUUUAUUUUUUGUUCUAUUCUAUGGAAUUGCAAUUGUUGUUUCUAUUAUGUCUUUCAUGUAAAGAGUUCAUUUUUUUCUACUUGUUUACCUACCCCAAGUUGGGUGGUGCCUUGUGCAUUAAUUGAUAUAAGUGAGAGGGUAUUUAAACAUUGUGGUGUUAGUUGGAUCCUUAACGACACUGUAUGUGUUGAAACGUUGCUAGGUCCACUUUAUAGUGGAAUAAAUCUUCAUUUGAUAAACUGAGUGUUGUGGCUCCAUCAUUCUUUUUACAUCCACAGUAUAGGCAGACAUGUCAUGAGUAAAACAUGCCACUAAUCUCCCACAGGAAAGCAUUGGAAGGCUAUUGCACAUGUGCGACAAGCGGCAUGCUGCAUCAAUCAGCAUCUCCUCAUUAUUAUUUUUAUUAAUAUUAUUUAUAAAGCGCCAACAAAUUCAUUAGAGAUUUACAAUGCAUCUCUAUGAGUAAAGUUCAGCGUCUCCAUGCAGAGUUUGGAGACACUGAACGCCAGUGCUGCACACUGUGAUAGGAAGCACCUCUAGUGUCCAUUUUAGUGACUGACACUAGAGGUGUUACUAGCAAGCAAUGUAAACACUGACUUUUCUCUGAAUUAACACCGCAAGGACAGUCUAAAGACACCGAAAUUACUACAUUAAACUGUAGUUUUUCAUGUGACUAUAGUCUCUUUACCAGCUCUCUAAACAUCCAGCCAAGGGAAAGAGCUACAUUAAUAAUGGAAAUUUGAACUGUCCCUGACACUUUCACUCUAGCAAUACGCAACAACAGCAUACUAAACCUAUCUAAAGCAUGACCAGACAGAGGAUUAUAUUUACAGCAUCAUUAUGUGUCGGUUUAUAUUUAAAACGUAAAUGUUUUUGGAACCUUCAAAAUCAAAGCUUUUCAGAGUAUUAUUAGAACAUCAAUAUUUUUAAUAUGAAUUUAUGUUUUAUAAAAAAAGUAAGCAAUGUAACUGAACGAAGCAAUAUAAGAUGUUGACAUACCUCCUUUGUAACUGCUGCUAUCAACAAGUCAUCUACAUAUUGUGGCCACACCCCCUGGGAUAGAUCCUGACCUCAGAGAUACAUUAUACUAUGCGUAAAAGAAGGCAUCUUUGAGAUCUAAGACUGUAAAGUAAGUAGCCCCGCCCGGAAUUAAAGCAAGCAGGUUAUAUGGAUUGGGCACGACUGAAUGUAUACUAACAACCGCAUCAUUGACUGCUCUCAAGUCCUGCACAGGUCGAUACUCAUCUGUACCGGGCUUUUGAACAGGCAGCAAUGGGGUGUUCCAGGGGAAGUACAGAAUUUUAGGAUACCAUACCGUAUGAACUUAUCCAGAUAAGAUUGGAUGUUCUUCUUAGCCUUCUGCGGAAUAUGAUAUUGUCUCAGGUUUACUGGAUAAACCCCAAGUUUUAGUUCGAUUUUAAUAGGUGGAAUAUUGCGGGCCAGUCCUGGUGGGUUGUUCUCUGCCCAAACUCCUGGUAUGUUAAAUAAGGAUUCAUCACUCCUCGGGUUUUUGCUAGUCAACACUGUAUAAAGUCGCCACUCUUCUUCCUUUGGUACGGACAAUGUCAUAAUACCUGAAGGUCCAUUAAACUUUAAGGAUGUUGUUCCAUUUGGUAGGAACGUAAUCUGCGCUUGUAAUUUGGAUAGCAUAUCACGCCCCAGCAAUUGGACUGGACACUCAGGCAUAUAAAGGAAUUGAUGUUUUACUACGUGGCCUCCCAAUGUACAGAGUCAACUUUUAAGAACCGGUUUUUCAGCACUUCUUCCAGUUGCUCCUAUUACAGUAAUAGUUCUUCCAGAUGGAGGAGCAACUUGAUUAGUCACCACCGAAUGUUCAGCACCAGUGUCGAUCAUAAACGCACUCCUUUUUCCCCCUAUUGAUACAUCGACCAUAGGCUCCGCUCGACCAAGGGGGAUGGAGCCCGGUCGGUAUCAAUAGUCCUCCACGACCGUGUCAGCCAAUCCCACAAAGUCCCUACCUUCUCUAUCGCGGGACCUUUGCGCUGCUGGAUAGUACCUAUCUUCCCUUACACUUCCUCUGUUCCCAUUACCCCCUCUAUUACCAUUACUCCCUCCGGGGCCUCCUCUACCUCUCGCUCUGCCUCUAAAGUUUCCGUAACCUGCCCUGGGUAAGUCUCUCUCAUACUGCUCUCUUUGCGGACACUCGUUCCUCCAAUGCCCUUCUUCCUUACAGUACGCGCACUGAUUCCUACUCAAAGGCUCCCUAUUCCAUCUACUAUCGCCUCUAUCUGGGCCCCGUCUAUCUACGCCUGCGAUCGCUACCGCUAGCAUAUCUGCCUUUCUACGCAUCUUGCGCUCUUCCUCUUUCUUACUUUCUGUUUCCCUAUUCAUAUAUACUUUGUUCGCUACCUCCAUUAGUUGAGUGAUAGACAUACCUGCAAACCCUUCUAAUUUCUGUAGCUUGCGCUUAAUAUCUCCGUAAGCUUGGCUGACAAAGGCGGAGUUUACCAUUCGGGAAUUAUCAGCGUCUUCCGGAUUAAAGGGGGUAUACAAGCGGUAUGCCUCCAAUAAUCGGUCAUAAAGACACUGGGCGCUUCAUCACUUUUCUGAAUCACCUCAACUGUCUUCGACAUGUUAAUAGCUUUCUUCCCUCCGGCUUUCAUGCCAGCAAUUAUAGCAUCUCUAUAGGCUUUAAGUUGAGCCAUAUCUGCGCCAUUUACAUUCCAGUCAGGAUCGGUGUUAGGGUAAUGUGUUGCGGCCCAUGCUGCCGGAUUGGCUUGAUUUAAAGCACGGGCUCUCUCCUCUAGCGCCUUAAUGGCCGCUUGGUUAAUCCUUGUCCUUUCCUCAUUAUUGAACAAUGUCAUUAAUAACUGCUGGCAAUCAGCCCAUGUCGGGUUAUGUGUCUGAACUAUCGAGGUGAACAGAUCGGUCAUAGCUUGUGGUUUCUCAGUGUACGAGGAAUUGUGGGUCUUCCAAUUCAAGAGAUCGGUAGUCGUGAACGGGACAUAUACGAAGACUGGGUCAGUAUGUGCCAUUUGACCUGCGGCAUCGAUAUAGGCUGACCCAGGAUUCAGACGAAGAGGCAUCUGAUAAUGUUUUAAUUGUUGGGUACCGGUCAGUUGUCGGGUUAGUAUGGGGCUACGUGGAGGGGCGUCAGUUAAAGGUUCCGGUCGAGAGGUAAUAGGGCAUGAGGAUGGGGGAACUUGAUUUUGGGAAAAGUUAGUGAAUAGUAUACUCCGAGCCGAGCUAGAAGAAGCUUGACCGGAAGUUUGAAGUGGCGCCAAAUCAGGAUAUUCAAAUCUAAUGGGGGUUGGUCCUGGUUCCGGAAGGGGAGUUUUAAUACGAGGGGGGUGGAUUCUGUACUGGAGGAGGAAGCGGAAGUGGAUGGGGGCAAUAGGGGAAGGGGUGCAGAGCUUCCUGCAUUCACGUCACUUCCUCUUAAAGGAAAGUAAGGGGGCGGCAAAGGGAUCUCGGACUCAGGGGGCGUGUCCAAAAUGGGCCUAACACCAGUCCUAGUGGACAAACAAGUCCUGGCCACCAUGAGGCGACAUUGCUCCUCGUGGCAUAUCCGGAUACAUUUUGGCGAGUCGUUUACGGCCUGCCCCCAACAAUCAAUGUAUGGAAACUGUCCGUAAAGUUCAGGCCUACCUGAUACAGCCACGUGUACACGCUGUACCAGGGUUGGAUCCAAACUGCCACGCGGCGGCCAUGCCGCAACCAAAAUAGGCCACUUCCUAGUGCACAAAGUGACCAAACGUACAGGAGACAUUUUAACCCCAAAAUCACAUGUUUUGAAUCCCUUUUUAAAAUUCUUUACCAUACAACCUAAGGGAUCCGAAAUCGUUGACUCUGACGCGCCCAUACUUAUCAAUGGAACGUCGUUGACAACGAAUACUAUGCACGCGUUCUUAUUCAACAGUCACACCCGUUUCCUCUGGCAACAGCACCACGUGGUACAGUUACCGAGUGAAACGUACACAAUAACACAAUAAUCACUCAGGGAAUUCCCGUACACACACAGCUGUUACACCAGUCACUAAAUAAUCAAUAUUAUGCCCUUUGGCGAAACUAUACAGUCACCCACGCUAUAAUUCUCUAUAUAUGAAUUACCCGUCUAUAACACACCCCAGUAACAUCGUCUUUUACUAGUAUCGGUUACAGUACGGUUAGCAUAGGUCAAAGCACAAUUUAAGGUCACAAUACAAUUAUUAGUGGUUACGGUGUUAAACAUGCAAUAGACGACAAUGAUUAGUACUUAUAUACAGUGUCAGUAAAUAUACAGGGUUAUGGUACCGUGCACUAUGAUACAGCAACACACUAUUAACACUCUCGCUAGACGGCUGAGCUCGCGCUAUCUAACAAGAUAUACACUUUACUAACAAUCUUUAACACAUUUACAAUCCCAACUAAACUAUUGGCCAGUACCUUGAAUGGACUACCUAAAACUAUAUACACCCGUUUUGGUUAGCCACACUGCCCAAACACCACAUAUAGCGAACUAGAGGGCGAAAUUUACAAAAUUGCCCUUCUAGUCUAUUUACUCUAUCAAAAGUCUAGUGGGUUCCAAAUUUACACGCCUUCCCACUUAGCCAAGAUAGGUUGAGAGCUAGCGAACCGAAUUUACACAGGCGCCGCUUAGUCUCCCGGUCCCUCCGACCUAGCGAACGUAAUAUACACCCUAGAACGCUAGUCUAGACAAGACACCGGUGUCCGGCUAGGGCUAUUUACACAGGACCCCGCCUGACUAACCAGAUCAAACGGUCUUACUAAAGAGCGUUCGAUCGAGCGGUGCGCCUUCGCUCCUUCCCUCCGACAGAGGGGGCAGAUUCCAUACACAGAUUUAAACCCCUUUUGGGCCUACCGCACAAUCGGUAUACCCCUAGUGGGUCUGCCGUCUAAAACAGCAGUUGUCUUACCUCCUCGUUCCUGAACCUGAGUUCACACUCAUCGACGGGGACACCCCAGCACUUCUUACGUAGAGGCCGAUGAUCUCCUGGACAACAGACCAGUGGCGCCGAGACGAAGGGAGGUCCACGCAGAAGUUCAGGGGUGCAGCCGUAGAGAACGUGGGCAAAGAUAGACCGUCUCACGCCUCUGCCUCUCAGCUACCGUUGAACGAUGAGCUUCCCGGCCAAUGCACCAAAUGAUACCGGAGAAACUGACGGAAGCAAAGCACAGAGAGAUGGACACAGGUUUCUUCAGGAAGGAAGAGAUUCUUUAUUGGAUCACCGAUCGGGACUCAGAGGGACUAAGGUCACCAAAAAUACAGCAAGUUCUGAGCCCUGAACAAUAGUGCAGGCUCCCUAUAUAGGCACAUAACUCCUCCCAUAUUAAGCUCCACCCGCACAUUCUCUUGACCAAUCAUUACAAAUAAGAAUUAACUUCCUGCUUGGCCGCAUGGCUUGUCCAGCACAAUGGAGGAGGGGAAUACUACAUCCUGUAUUCUUGCACUUGCUCCGUAUACUACUGAUCGUAUCUUGCCUCGUGCAACCAACUGAUCGAUACGUCAGCAUAUGCACGUACACAUGCCACGUGGUAAUCUCGGCCUACUAAAUUUAUUUUUACCGAGAUUCCACCACACUGUAUAGCGAUCUAUCUUGUUUCUUAUAGCCAUAUGCAGGGCGUUUGUAAAGGAUGUUUGUUGCUUUGAAAUCUUUCUCAGAUGAGGGAGACUGCCACAUUCUGAAAUCAAAGCAGCAUGCUUUCCUAAAAUUACUUUCUCAUUUAAAAACCAUUAAUACUCCAUAGAAUUUGCAGUUCUGGUUUGUGCUGUCGGACUUGUGUUCAUGCUCUGUUAGUGAAAACCUAUUUUAUCAAUCAUUUCCCUUUAAAAAAUAAAAUAAUUAUGAAGCCCCUUCUAUACUACGUAAAUGACUAUAUUGUUGUAGGAGACUCAAUCCUAUCAUCAUAUUAAUGACUGUGACCAGGACUGCAAUCCGAAAUCUUGGAGCCUCUAGCAAACUCCUUUCCUUUUCUCCCAUUCCCUCCCCUUCUGCAUUGCUAUCAUAAUUAAGCCCUUGUAUCAAGUGGGUUUCUCAUGCGAUUUUGCACCAUAGGUUAUGCCUGUGGGAAGCAGGCAGACCACUGGCAUUUGGAAACUGAUGGGAUCGGCUAUAUUUCUUAUACCGACCCCUUCACUUAUAGUGGAAGAAUGUAGAGACCUGCUCCUGCAGAACCUCUUUAGGUGGCAGAGCUAGAGGUGAGAGCUUAUACAAACUUGAUAUCUUGUGAUUGUGACAUGUCUCUUCUGAAUACCAGGUGGUUUUGUGAUGACUGGCAGUCAGUACCAACCUUUAACCAGUUUCGAUCAUUAACAUUGGACUGCCAAUGCUGGUAAUGAUGGGAGUUCAAUUACAAGCCUAUAACCAUCCAUGGUGUUCCCUUCCCUAUCUAGUCAAGUUUAUUAUAUAGCCACCAGCAUAUACCCCUCAGAGGCACACUUGGGGUGUUCACUUAUUCACUAAAGUGAGAAUUCAAAGUAAUUGAAAUUUAACACCAGUGUAGCACCUGAAGCAUUUAUGACGUAGAGGUUUCCAAUUUGACGAUUUACCUUAUUUUUAAUAUUUUACAUUUGAAAUUCACUUUUAAAUUCUUACUUUUGUUAAUAAGCCGAUGUGUUUUUUUUGUUUAUGGUCUCUUUACUGCUCUAAACCAGCUGUUUGUAUUAGUGGAAGUUAAGGAGUGGCCACUUGUAAGGCAAGGUAAUCUGUGAGUGGAGUGCUUGGUCAGCUCCUCCAGCAGGUAAAUGUCCCUCCGUUCCUGCGUGGCCUGGACAAAUCUGAUUUUUGGCUAGUUAAUUUAAUGGCAGCACUCUGCUUCACCAAGCAUUGCUGGAUACUAAGGGAGGGCUGGCGUUGAUCGACCCCAGUGGAGCAUACAGCAUCACAGGAGGUGGCAGCAUUGGGCUGGACAGGCAGAUAUUUUGAUCUUCCUACCAGCCAUUGGAGUGACAGAGUGCCCUCCUUAAGCGCUUCGCUUUCCUCCGGCUGGUCCCUUAAUUAACGAAGCCCUAAUGCAGGGGUUGACAACCUUCAACACUCCAGAUGUUGUGGACUACAUCUCCCUGAUGCUUUGCCAGUAAUCUGGUGGUAAGAACAUAUUUGAGAUGAUGUCCACAUCAUCUGGAGUGCACAAGGUUUCCUACCACUGGCCUGUUCCAUCAUGACCGUGAUGUUUGCGCACAAUGCAUCAUUUGAAUCUUCCACCUUUCUUAUUUCCUGCACAUCUUGCAGCGACUAGUCAGCAAAUCGCAGGUUAUAAUUGGUUGUUGCCUUUCCAUGUUCUUUAUAGCAUGUUUCCUUUUUACUAGUCAUUGUCUAUAAUUACUAGAAUUGUCCUAUAAUUCCAACAUGACCACCUCAACAAUGAAAUUAUUGGAAAUUACAAAAUUUAAUGUAGCAUGUUUAGUUGAAAAUGUGAGUCUUUUUCAGGUUGUGUUAAAUGGUCACUCCAUUAGGAUAUCAUUUUCCUUAUUUUUCUUUCAUUCAGCGAUAUGAAACUGGAAAAUCUUCGCUUCCUUAGCAGCAGACAGGCCCUGGCAGACCUUGCUCACUUUCAAACUGUUCUGAACCAGGAUUUAGGUUUGAGUGGUCGGAAAUGGGUAGUGUUCGGAGGUUCCUAUCCUGGAUCUCUAGCAGCAUGGUACCGAAUGAAAUAUCCUCACUUGGCGUAUGUGGCAGUGGCUAGCAGUGCCCCUGUAAAUGCUGUAGUGAAUUUUCCUGGUAAGACUGUUUACAAUUUUAUGUAUAUGUAUUGUAAUGAGACUGUGUUCAUUUCAAUAUACAGUGGGACCUCGGUUUACGAAUUUAAUGCGUUCUCCGGGACUUUCAUUAUAGCGAAAAAUUUGUAAACCGAAACGUGGUUUCCCAUAGGAAUGCAUUGAAAACCAAUGAAUCUGUUCCAGAGGUCAGAAAUAAGUCAACAUGAGCUGGCAUGAAAACAAACCCACAAUGCAGAACACACCGUAAAAGGCAUGCAAAAACGAUAAAGCUCAGCUCCCUACCUUUCCACCGCUUGAGAAAUGCACCCAAAAAUUCCCAGAAUGGCUCCAAAACUCUAUGCCACAACCGCUGCAACACCUCCACACUCGACGCCACGUGCUACCCACAGACUCCAGCAUGCACGGGGGCGGCGCUAUAAGUCAGUGUUCUAUGGGAGUGCAAAAUACCCCUAUAUUAUAUAAACCGUGUGAUUGAAACUUACCCUUUUUUUUACCUUCUAAUUAAAAUUGACAAACCCUAGAAAAUGGCGAUGUAUGCAAAACAGGAUCCUGUAACCCAGCUAAAUAGCUGGUAAUUAAGGGUGUAUAUAGUAGAUCGAAUAGCUGCAUAGCCAGUGAGUACCACAAUGAGAUAUGAUAAACUUAUCGAGAGGGGGAAUAGUAAAAUCCCUCUGUAGAGAGUAGUUUUUAGGGGUGCAAGACCAUGGAAAUAAAUGAUGCCAAAAGGCUGUUUUAGUUACAAUAUUUGCAGUCCGAAUGUGCUGACUGAAAAUGGCACCAAUGCCUGCCUACUUAGCCACACCCCCUCUCUUCAGAAAAAUACUUCCCUAUCUAAUGUAUGUACUGAAGGUACAGUUUGUGAUUUCACUGACUGUUUGCAGCCAGGUUAGAAAGUAAAAAAAAAAAAAAAAAAAACUCACUCAGUGCUGUUGAGGUUGAACUUUGUGUGUACAUUGGAAAAAGGAAGUAUUUCUGACAUGAAUGGGUGUGGCUAAAGAGGCAGGCUUAUGAUGCAACAUUCUGCAAUAAUCCCCCACCCCCAAAACAAAUAUCUUGCAUAAAGAUUUGACCAUACAAAAUACAGCAUAUUAAUCAGGCCAAAACCCAUCAAAUGCCCAAGUUGUGUUGUUGCCAAAAGUGUCCCUUUAAGUUAAACAUUGUGAGCUGUGUGGAGGGGAACAACUUCCAAUGCUUGAGAAUUUUAACAUUCUUUAUGAAUCCCAUUGAACACUAAGCAAAAGGCUGUAAAAUAGUGUUCCACAUUUUUUAUUUUUAAAUGGUACAUGCAAAAAAAAAAAAAAAAAUAUAUCUUCAACCUAAAAAGCUGAAUUUAAAACCUUCUGAAUCUGUUAUUUGUCCUAAACAUUGCAAUUCUUUGCACUGUUUCCAGCAUUUCCCAGUUUGGUAAACUGCCUCGGUAGCCAGACACUGUUAAAGAAUUUUAUUUUGCUAAAAAUAAACAUUACUGAGCAGCUUUUAAUCAUCAUCAUCUAAUACACAUGUUUAAACAGAUGAGACAAAACCGUGUCUUGCUUAGACAAGCAAAAAAACAAACAAAAAAAAACUAGCAGUUGUAUUAAUCGUGCUGAGUGGACAUAAAAUUACUGUAGAAUGGUGUGUGUGUAUAUGCGUAUAUAUAUUCUUCACAAGAGGGUUGCAAUAUUGCUGUAUCACUGUUAACAGUAUUUUAUUAACCAAAACCACUACAUCUUUAGUUUUUGUUCUGGUAAGUACAGGCCUUUUGCAAUAAACCCUGUCUUUUUUACAAUAAAAUGCAGCGUAGUGAUAACUCUAUUGGCCACUCCUCAGAUGGCUUAGAGGUGUUCCUGGGGCAGUGCUGCACACACCAUGCAGAGGGUGGAGACACUGAACUAUCCUCAUAGGGAUGCAUUGAUUCAAUGCAUAUGUUAGUAGAUGCUGAUUAGCCAGGUUGGUGUUUGGCGCCACCCCUAGCCUGCCUCCUUGGCAAUCUCAGCCAAUCCAAUGUUUUCCUUUGAAAGAUUGUGGUUGGCUGAGAUCAUCACUUCUGAUGUCAGCCAAGGAGGCAUAUCAGAGGCAGAGUCAACACAAGCUGACUGGAAUAAAGGUAAGAUUUUACUAUAUUAAGAGGGUACCAUGGGGGCUAGAUAGUGUCUUUAACACUAUAGGGUCAGGAAUAUGUUUGUGUUCCUGACCCUAUAGUGCUCCUUUAACUAUUGUAAAUAAAGUUCAUAAGAGACAAUGAGAAAUAAAUGAAAAUGACACAGCAACAUGAAAGCUUCCUAGAGCGACCGUGCUUGAAUAGUAAUGUAUAAGAAAAUGUGGUCAAUAUCCUAAAUCAAAUAUAUAAAGCAAUUGGGUAUCCUAGAACACAAAGAGGUUGGGAAUCCCAGCAAGUGAAAAUCCUUAAAUCUGUCUAUCCUAGUAAAUGUUAAAGGGUUAUUCCAAGCACCAUGACCACUUAAGUGAUUUGAGUUUCUAUAACAAAAGUUCAGGUUAUGGGGGAAAUUUGAAAUGGUCAAUUUUCCGAUAGUUAUAAGAAAAAGGGGGGGAAGUCUACUCAUAGGAGCUUGAAUUGUUCCUCUAGUCUCAAUAUGGAAUCUGUGGCAAAGUGAUUUAUCAAUUUAUUGAGACUAUUAGAUUACAGAAUGAGAUUUCCUGCUACAAUGUUUCACAUGCAAGAUUUUUUUUAAAAUGUUUUUUUCUCUUUUUAUUCAGAAUACUUGGAAGUGGUACAGGCCUCAUUGGCCUCAUUGGCUAGAAACCGUUCUACUUGUCCCAAAACAAUGAAAGUGGCUUUUGAUUCAUUGAUUCAACUGCUGGCAUACAAGGAAAAUUAUGAGAAACUUACAGAGCAUUUCAGGUUAGAUGUUUAG